AUGUCCUUGCUUCUGAUUGUCUGCUUAAACAAAGACCCAUCAUUGUCACCCGCCCGAAUAUCAUCGAUUGAGCGCCAGACAUCGUCUCCUGUCGCCUCACUAGACAUGGUCAAGGCCAAAGGAAUUCCAAACAAGCACCUUCACGCUCGAGCAUCGUUUUUGUACCAAGCAGCCACCUAUCUGAGCUUACAAAGGACCACGGAGUCUUCUUUGAGCGAACGGGAUGAUCCAAGCACGGCAGUAGAUACUAGAAAUCCUUUCAACGACAAUGCAGUAUCAAAGCCUGCUCUCGUACUAGCCUCGCACCUUCGUGCAGUAACUUUGAAAGGCCAGAUCCGGCUUGCUGCAGAUCUCAAGCGUACUAUUUGCAAGACUUGUAGCGCCAUCCUGAUCCCUGGUCAAACCUCCACUCAUUCUCUUGAAAAUGAGAGUACGAGAGGCGAAAAGCCUUGGGCUGAUGUAUUAAAGAUCACAUGCAACGCAUGUAGCAGCACAAAGAGAUAUCCAAUUGGGACAACUAAGCGGCAAAACAAGGCAGGACGAAGAAACGCACACAGAAGGAAAUCAAACCCAAGGACUCCUGUCUAUGACGAGCGCGAAGCUUCAUCCGACACACGAUCGCGGCCUGGGAAGGUUAAGACACUUUCAGCUGCUUGAGUAUUUCUCACUCGUGUUCCGAUAUCAAGCUCUCAUUGUUGUUCCUAUCCAGACAAGCUUCAAUG